AUGUUGUCAGAUAUUUUUUAUUCGUCAUUUCAAGUAUUGAACUUGGUUGUGACAACCUCUGGUACAUUAUGUAUUUUAUCAACCUGGGGAUGGGUAUUUUCUACUCUCAUUUCGGUUUUCUUUAUUGAUUGUAUUGCUAUAAACUUACAAGUUAUUUUUCUACACGAAUAUGAAGGUCGACGUGAUUUAGAAAAAUACUAUUUUAUACUUCCAAGUGUGUUUGCUUUGACUUUAUCCUUACUUCCAUUGACACAAGAUAUGUACGGUUUUGAUAUACCUGAACAGAUUUGCUGGUAUCGUUAUUCCGGAACAACAUUAAGUAUUGUAUGGCAAUGGUCAACUUUGUUUAUUUGGCAACAAAUUUCUGUGUUAUAUUGUAUCAUAAUACUGUUCGCCGUCACUUUAAAAUUACGUUAUGCGUCUUCGCAAUUUAAUAAAGCAGGUACACUUAUAACAUCGGUGGUUAGAAAGGUGUUGUGGUUUCCAGUAGUUCCUCUGAUCAGUCAAACUCCAACUUUCUUGGCUGAAACCGAUAUGUAUUUUAGUAAGAGCAUUAAAUAUGAACUAUUACUGUUUGGUUUUGUUGCUGCUUCGAUUCAAGAUUCAAUUGAACUUGAUAUGAUGGUAUUAAACAUUAAUGACGAGAAUGACGAUGACAAUAACGAAAUAAUCACCAAUAAAAAGCCAACAACAACAAAUAAUAUUAGUAAUGAGAUAGAUCAACAAGAUCAAGAGCGAUUUUCAUCAUCCAAUUUAUCUAAUCCGCUUUUAAUUCCAAAGCCAUCCUUAGUUGAAACAUUAAAAUACCAUUUGUUAAUUCGUCUAUUUGAUCAACCAAAAAAUCUUGACGAAUUUGUUAUUAGCUUCGUGCAAACAUCAACAACAUCAACCGUCAAUAACAAUUUAAAAAACACUUAUUCAAAAAGAGGCAAUGUCGAAAUAAUAAAUUUAAAAAAAACAAGAAAAUCAUCAAGUAUAGAAAUUCCAUCUUCUUCAGACUCGAUAAAUAACAAUCAUGAUGUUGCAGUCACUGGACAACCACAAGAAGAAGAACAAAACAAAAAGAACGAAGAAAAAGAAAACGCCAAUCCUACCAAGAUAAUAAAUUCUAAUAAUAAUGAUGAUAAUGAUGAUGAUGAUGGUGAUAUAAUAACAAAUAAAUCUUUCUCGCACUUAAAUCAUAAUAAAAAUACAUCAAAUUCAAUAAGCUCAAUCAAUUCGUCUAUUUAUAGUAGUUGUUAUAGCGGUAAUAGUAUAAGAGGUUCAAAUCAACCCGUCAACAAAACCAAUAAUAAUGAUAAUAUUCAUAUUCAAUUUACGGCAGUAAAUGAAAAUACUAAUUAUGAUGGAAUAACUAUUAUUAAUAUUGAUAAAGUUGAAGAUAUUGUUGAAAAUAAUAAUAAUAAAGAAAAAGAAGAUAACGAUGAUGAUGGUGAUGAUAGUAAAAUUAAUGAAAUUAUAGAAAUUAUAAGUAAUUCUCGUAAUGAGGAUAAUAUUAAUAAGGUUAUUCAUGGCUCUGUUGUAAUGCCAUUGUUGGGAAACGCGACCAUAAAAGCUGAGCUUGGACGUAGUAGUUGGAAGUUAUUACAUACAAUGAUGGCAAGAUUUCCUGAACAUCCUACAGAAGAUCACAAGCAAGCAUUAAGAAGUUUUAUUUAUUUAUUUGGUAGAUUAUAUCCUUGUGGUGAAUGUGCCACAGAGUUUCAAGAAAUUCUUAGUAAAUAUCCCCCCCAAGUAUCAUCAAGGGAAGCUGCAUCUCAAUGGGCAUGUGCUGUUCAUAAUAUUGUUAACAAAAGGUUAUAUAAAAAAAUAUUUGAUUGUGGAUUAAUUGCUGAAAAAUAUAAAUGUGGUUGCGAUGAUGAUGGUGGUGAUGGUGAAAUAAUGAAAUAA